UGUACAUUAAUGUAUGUUCAACAUAUAAGGGAAAAUAAUAAAGAAAAGUGGCUGCAACUCGGUGACAGUUGUGUGGGAAGAGAGAGAGAGAGAGAGUGCACCAUCAACACUUGUCUUCCAUCCUUCAUCACCACCAAAAUACACACAGUAACUUGUAUCUAUCCUCCACAGCAAUACCCUCCUCCACUUUGUAUCUAUUAUCUUCAUAACUACACAGUGUUUUAUAGAGGUAGUGGGGUUUGUACAGAUGCUCUUGAAAUGGGGAAAAUCAGCCAGCAGCAGUUGCCUUUGCAUCAACAAGAAAUUGAUGGAGUUGGGUCUUCUGAUCACUCUGGGAUCUGUUUUUCAAUGUGGGGUGCCUCUAAAUUGUGUAAAGUUUGCAACUUGAGGUGUCUUGUGGUUCUGAUUCUCAGUGUUUCUGUCUUUCUUUCUGCUAUUCGUUGGGGCUUGCCUCAUCACUCUAAGAAAUCUGGUUUUGAUGCUAAAUCUGAAAUCAAGAAUAGUGCGACGGUUCAGGCUUACUUCAGACUGCAGAGGCCGGUGUCGGUACUCAUUCCAUUCAUGAGUAAACUUGAAUAUGAUAUCAAUGAGGAAAUAGGAAUCCCUUCUACAAAGGUUGCAAUCCUCUCAAUGCACCCUGCACAUGUAGUAAAUUCGACAGAUGUGAUCUUUGGCAUGCUUUCUGAUCCCAUAAGUGCUCCAAUAAACGCAAUUUAUCUGAGUGUGCUAAGAUCAUCUUUCGUGGGAUUGUUUCAGAAACAAGUAAACCUGACAGUGACAAAUUCAACAUUUGGGCAGCCAGCUUUGUUUGAGAGUGUAAAAUUUCCAGGCGGUAUCACUGUGAUCCCUAAAAAAUCUGCUUCCCCUUGGCAGAUACCGCAAAUCUUCUUUAAUUUUACCCUCCAUAAUACGAUAAAAGAUAUAGAACAAAAUUUUGAUGAUUUCAAGGUUCAGCUAACAUCGGGGUUACAUUUGGCACCAGACGAGAAUAUUUAUGUGCAGGUCACAAAUGAAAUCGGCUCAACUGUGGAUACCCCUGUUACAGUUCAGAUUUCAGUUACAUCAGACCAAGGGGGCAUACUACCCCAGAGAUUGAAGCAGUUGGCUCAAACAAUCACAGGGUCGCACUCAAAAAAUCUUGGUCUUGACAACUCUGUUUUUGGUAAAGUUAAGCAAAUUCGUCUAUCGUCAUACCUCAGGAACACUCUUCAUGCUUCCUCUCCGACACCUUCUCCUGCACCCUCUCCGGGAGGAAAUGAAUACACAGAGCCUUCAUAUUCUCCAGAUAUUUCUCCAUCAUAUGCACCAGCUCCUUUGCCCCACCUUCGUCAUAAAUCACCUUGUUAUGACUGUGCCGCUCCCUCACCAUCUGUUGGCAACAACCCAAUCUCACCAAGUCCUUACCAUCAACAUUAUUCUCCAAACCCCAAAUCAAAUUCUCCUGAACCUUCAAAUGUUUAUACCCAUGCUCCUCACCCUAGUCCACAUUGUGGUUCUGAAAAUUCACCAAGCCCUGCGCCGUCUCAGUCUAAGCCAGUUCCUCCAAGCCCCUUGUCUCCAGCUCUAUCUAACCCACUUACUCCCACACUUUCACCUCAUUCUUCCACUCCUGCAACUCCCAUGGCUCCCACCUCUCAGACAAUCCCAGGUCUUUCUCCGCUACCAGCUGUAGCCUAUAGCUCUAGUCCAGGUAAGGGAAGGAUAAAUGGAAUGAGUUCAGAUACUUCAUCCUCAUCAUCCUUUUCUUCGAAGACUUGGACGUUCUUGAUCUUCAUGCUCUUGACAUUGCAUCAGUUGUGCUGGGUGUAGAGUUAGCAGCUGUCUUCUCAAACCAUCGGCAUUUGGCUGUUUCAAGCAAUCAAGAGAUCACAUCUUGCAGUUUUUCUCUCGUUAACAUGGUCAAAGUGUUUUGGGAAGUUCUUUUUGGGGCAUAAAAUUUACAAAAAAAAAAAUGAAGAAGUUGUAGGUUGAAGCCAAAAAGUGGCAGGCCUUCUAUCAUACAUCCUCAUAACAUGUAAACAUCCGAAAGUUUUCCCUAAGGGAAUAAGUGAAGAUGUUGGUUAUCCCAGACUAGUGCUCCGGUGCAGUAGUUCAAGGAGACCUAGUAGUAUAAAGUAAAUGUAAAUUGUAAGAGUUCUUCUUGAGCAUCUGCACUGCGGGUUUAGCAAAACAUAUACAAAAGCAAAGAAACUUCGACUGUUCUA